AUGGAGUCCUCCAAGGAUGCCCAGGCCUCGGUUGGCGGCGGGCAUGCCUCCCUUCCGGCCAGCGAAGGCUCGCGCACCAGAGAAGCUUUGAAGGUUGGGAGCUCGCUCAUACGCCAUGCACACCCCGUCGACCCUCUGCUUCCCAUCGACCCACGCCAUAUAGCUCCGUGCUCAGAUGUUGGUUUGACAGCCUUGGCGCAGCUUGCUGCUCUGAGGUUCAACGUCUCUCGUUGUCUAGUCUCGCUCUUUGACCGCAAUUAUCAGUACAUAGUUGCUGAAGCAACGCAGUCGCUCUCCCUCCAUACUGAGCCUCCCCAGGAGGCUUCGCAUCAACUCAAGUUCUCAGGCGCUGCCAUCCCACGCGGCACGAAAUGUCCAAACGAGGAGAUCCUCGAUGCUCCGCCGGCCAUUCACCAUGGAGGCAGCUCGGUCCGAGACUUUAUACCCUUGGCGCCUGUGCUUGUUGUGCCCGACCUCGCAAAUGAUGAGUCCUACUCCGAUGCUUUCUGCAGGUUGAACUGGCCCGAAGCCCACUUUUACGCUGGAGUUCCGAUUCGUUCAAAAAAGGGUGUCAAUAUUGGGGUGUUGUAUGUGUAUGACGACUUGCCACGAAACGAGCUUGACUUUGGUGACGCCCAGAAACGGACCCUGCGCGAUAUCGCCCAAAUCGUCUGGCGCCACCUCGAGGCCCGAGCCGCUAUUGAUGGCAUCUACCGUGGUGAGCGUAUGGUGCGCGGUCUGGGGUCAUUCGUCGAGGGCCAGGCCACCCUCUCCUCUUCUACUGGCCAGUUUCAAGAUGCGCCCGGACAGGAGGAGGGAACUUUGAACCAGAGACAGCAGGGCCUUCAGCGAGACCGUGAUGCCAUUGCAGCAUUGAGCCCUGAUAAGGAAGGACAACAUUUCUUUGGCUCCAAGUCACCUGACACGAGGUCAGCCUUGCUAGAGAAUAAGUCAGCCUCUCUUAUUCCAAAGACGGAAAGCCCAUCGGCUCUUGAAGCGCCAGCGCAGACUGUCACUGCGACUGCUACUGCUGCCGCUGCUAUUUCUGCUUCUACUGCGUUUCUUCAAAGACCCGCCAGUGUUACUGCGCCUGAUCCGCAUCUUGUGCAGCUUAAACAAGCGUUCUCGCGGGCUGCAAACAUUAUCAGAGAGUCUGUGGAGGUCCAAGGGGCUCUCUUCCUUGAUGCCAGCGUCGGUUCUUUCGGCGGACUUGUUGAAAAUCGCAGGUCCAGGGACUCGACCGAUUCCAACGGAUGGCGAUCGACUACAUCAUCCAGCAACGACGACCUGCCAAAAGGUGCAUCCACAUCAUCCACUGGAGAGCCCGUGACUUACUGUGAUGUCUUUGGGUACUCAACAACCGAUGCUUCUAGUAUAGAUGGCACGGCAUCGUUCUCCAAGCACACUCUGGUGCCAGAACGACUGUUGAAAUCGCUACUCCGCCGGUAUCCGGCUGGCAAAAUCUUCAAUUUUGACAUCGAUGGACUGCUACUGUCGGGAGAUUCCGAAUCGGACGAGGUGAAGCUUUUAUCUCCGGCACGUCAGAAGCCCAGUGCCGAAUCCGACGCGAAGGCUAAAAGGAAAGGGAGUCGACCUUUCAGCUCGGUCCACGGCCAAGCUCAAGCUAUAACGACCUUGUUCCCUGGCGCAAGGAGCGUGGCCCUCAUUCCUCUUUGGGACCAUAUCAAGGAGAGGUGGUUUGCUGGUGGUUUGAUCUGGACCCACUCGGACCGACUGUUCACGCCGGAGGGAGAGCUCAGCUAUCUUCGAGCAUAUGCGACAACCAUUAUGGGCGAGGUCCACCGCUUGAACGCACUUCACUCUGACAAGGUUAAAGGCGACUUUCUCAGCUCUCUGAGUCACGAGUUGCGGUCUCCGCUCCACGGGGUCAUCGCUGCCGUCGACUUGCUCCAUGGUACUGCUUUAGAUGCUUUCCAAGGAGACGCAAUUCACAUCAUCGAAACUUCUGGCAGAACACUGCUAGACACGCUUGAUCAUGUAGACAUCCUCAUUGAGGAAGUCGUGGAAGCCGUUUUUGCUGGCUUCAAUUUCCAGAGAAUGUCCGUUGCUCAACUGAAGGAGAAAAACGUCGACAUGACCGCCGACAACAGAGCACUCGGUCGUCUCGACACCGACGCGGCUGCCGAGGCAUUCGGACACAACCUGUACCAUCCCCAUUCCAACCGAGGACUUGUUGUCUACCUAGAUCUAGAUCCUACAGUUUCAUGGAACUUUAGGACGCAGCCAGGGGCCCUAAGACGUGUCAUAAUGAACAUCUUUGGGAACUCACUCAAAUUUACCCAAGAGGGAUUUGUGUGGAUCAGCUUACGACAGGUCGAUCUUCCAGGACGCGACCGGGCGCAUAGAUCCAAAGUGGUGAUCCUGAUAUCGGAUUCUGGCAAAGGUAUUAGCGAAGACUUUCUGCGCAACGACCUCUUCAAGCCGUUCACGCAAGAGGAUCACCUUGCCCCAGGCACAGGACUAGGAAUGAGUCUCGUUCAUAACAUCAGCAGAACCCUCGGCGGGACUUUGGCUAUCACCAGCCAGCUCGGCCGAGGUACUACCGCGCGUGUCACACUGCCUUUACCUCGGUCAACAAGCGUCACUAGGCCAGUCGAGUAUCUCUCUGAACAAUUCGAGCAGCUACGAGACUUGCGAAUAUGCCUGAAAGGGUUUGAGAGAUGCUACGAGCGCGUCCUCGACAAGACGUCUGAUCAGUCGUCUCAAGUCUCCGAAUUAGCGGUCAUGGAGAUGCUCUGCCGAGAUUGGCUCGGAAUGAAGGUCAUCCCCAUGACUGCUGUACAGGAGGACCCCCCCGACUUGUUCCUAUACAGUGAAAGUGCCUUCGUCGAGUACGACGAUAACGUGUUUCAGCCUGCGUUGCCUACUGUGAUUAUUUGUCAGAGUGCGCUAACUGCACACGCUUUUACACAUUCGUCGACAAAGUCGGAGCUGACAGAAUUCAUUUCUCAACCGAGAGAGGGUGUCCCUACGUCAGUCUCGUUAGACUCAUUAGAUUCAAACUCGUCAAGGGCAGGACAAGCGAAGGAAGACACAACACAGGCUCAGGAGCCGUUGGACAAGCUGAGAGGCUCGUCCAGCGUAUCGGAAGCGGGUGACUUGGCAUCUACAGCGUUGAGCGACGCUGGUUCUGUGGGUGCGACUGCCUCAGAAGCCAUACCGUUGCAGUCACAAGGCAAGCUAGAAGCAGCAGGGCUGCCUUUGAGACCGGGACCGACUGUGACGGCUGAAGAAAGAGGGCCUGUGCAAGCCGACUUGUACAAAUACAUGCUUGUGGAUGACAACGACAUCAAUCUCCGAAUUCUGGCCUCCUUCAUGAAAAGGCUGGGCCAUGCAUACGACACAGCCGUCAACGGCCUGGAGGCUCUGCAGUUGUAUACGAGCAAUCCUGGGCUUUACCCAUUUGUUUUGAUGGACAUUUCUAUGCCUUUAAUGGACGGAUUGGAGAGUACCCGAAAGAUUCGAGAACUCGAGAGAGCCGAGAAGAUCAAGCCCGCGACGGUGAUAGCACUCACAGGGCUAGCAUCAGCCACCAUACAACGCGAGGCCAUCGCGUCGGGCAUGGAUGUAUUCCUCACCAAACCGCCGAGACCUCUCGCCCACGGAGCAACACGUCCGGGCUCGCCACGGGUCUCAGCAGAUGUUGCACUGCUGAUUCUCUUUAUCUUGGCUAGUGGGAGGCGGCCUCCCUGGACCAUGAGUAGUCGAGCCUCUGCCCUUGGUUGUGUGCGACCCAUGAAGGCAUCGGACAGGAAGCGCGAAGAGCCCAGGGCCUUGGCGACUGGAGCGCCGUCCGACGAUGCUGGUCUCGGCUUCGUGGUUCGGUAUCUCACCGCUAGGACGUCCCUCGUUGUGGUGUAG